ACAUCUAUGUUACGACUGAUUUGAAUUGACAUUUAGUCAUUUCUUUAAUUGAAUUGAAACGUUUACUACAGCCGCACUACCUACAGCAUGAUGGCGAUCAAUUGAAGCGUGCGCGGGAGUAUCGGUCAGGUGGUGGCGGCCGCGGUGAUAACGAGGUGCACAGAUUAAGUAAUUAGCGGGUGUGUCGGCGGCGGCGCGGUGGAGCCGCAGAGUGUAGUGCGCCGCGCAGCCAGCAUGACCGCUCGCGGCGCCCCCGCCGUGGACCUGGACGCGAUCCUCGCGGAGCUGGGCCAGUUUGGCCGCUACCAGGUGCGCACCUACUGCUUCAUCCUGCUGCCCAUCGUGUUCAGCGCCGUCUACAACAGCCAGUACAUCUUCGCUGCCGCCGCCACCGAUCACAGAUGCGUGGUCCCGGAGUGCGAGUCCCCCCCGCUGUCGUGGUCGGCGGGCCCGUGGGCGGGCUGGGCGCUCCCGGAGGAGGACGGCGGGCGGUGCGCGCGGCUGCAGCCGCUGCCCGCCGCCGCCGGCGCCUGCGCGCCCGCCGCCUUCCACCACAACAACACCGUCGCGUGUGACGCCUGGGUCUACCAGAACAACUACACCAUCGUCUCGGAGUUCGAGCUGGCGUGCGAGGAGUGGAAGCGCACCCUGGUGGGCACCAUGCACAGCGUGGGGCUGUUCGCCGCGCUGCCCAUCACAGGAUAUAUCUCCGACACGUUCGGGCGUCGCACGGCGUUCGUGCUGACGGCGGUGUCGGCGGCGCUGAUGGGGCUGGUGCGCGCCUUCUCGCCCAACUACGCCAUGUACCUCGUGUUCGAGUUCCUCGACGCCACCCUGGGCUCCGGCGUCUACAGCACCGGGUUCAUACUUGCGCUAGAAAUGGUGGGGUUAAACAAGCGAGUCCUCGGCGGCAACAUAAUCUCGUGUUCGUUCGCGCUGGGCCAGGUGCUGGUCGCGCUGGUGGCGUGGGCGGUGCCGUACUGGCGCACGUUGACCGUGGUGCUGUACGCGCCCUCGCUGCUGUUCGCCUUCUACUACUUCGUGCUCGAGGAGAGCGUGCGCUGGCUGCUCAGCCGGGGAAACAAGAAGGAGGCCGCGCGCAUUAUCUACAAAGCGGCCGCUGUCAACAGAAAAAAGUUGUCACCAGAAUCAAUCAGACAACUUAGCGAAGACACUGAGAUUACGCAGAGUGGAGAAUUGAAAAGUGAAGAAAAAGAAACCCAGAAGGGAAAUGAAAAGUCAGAUUCUGAACCGAUUAAGAAUCGCUCCCUAGCGGCGGAGGUGAUCCGGUCGAAGAUCAUAAUGUCCCGGGUGGCGGUAUGCUCGUUCGUGUGGAUCACGACGACGUUCACGUACUACGGGCUGUCCAUCAACUCGGUCUCGCUGGCGGGCAACAUGUACAUCAACUACAUCCUGACGGCACUCGUGGAGAUCCCCGGGUACGCGCUGAGUGUCCUCACGCUGGACAGGUUCGGCCGCAAGAGUUCCAUCAUGACGGCGUACAUCGUCUGCGGACUCGCGCUCAUCGCCCUGCCGUUCAUUCCCAGUGAUCUCCACUGGAUCGCGACGUCGCUGAACAUGCUGGGCAAGCUGUGCAUCAGCAUGGCGUUCAGCAGCAUCUACAUCUACACAUCGGAGCUGUUCCCGACGAGCGCUCGUCACCGCCUGCUCGCCGUCUGCUCCAUGAUCGGCAGGAUCGGCAGCAUCGUCGCGCCGCAGACGCCGCUGCUCAUGCAGGUGUGGGCGUCGCUGCCGUACCUGAUCUUCGGUGGCAUGGCGGUGUCUGCGGGGCUGCUGAUGCUGCUGACGCCCGAGACGCUGCACCAGCGGCUCCCGGACACCGUUGCCGAGGCUGAGGACAUCGCCAGACAUCCACACAACACCACCUAGCACUGCAACACCACCUGCAACCACUACUGGCACUGCAGACGCCGGAGACAGUGCAUGACCCUCUCACAAUACUCAAUCAAACUCACAUCAAUUGCGCCUGAUGGUAUGGACGAUGCAGUGGAGAAUGAGUUCAGUAUUGUAAUAAAGAGAAGUUGACGGUAUCAGCACGGACGGCACCGGUUCCGCGCGGCAUGAAAUAUAUCGAGGACUUUGACCAAUAGACGCAGCGAGUAGGCACGUGGAUAAACGUCCUAUGGCGAUUGGUCGAAGAUCUCGAUAUCGUUCAAGCCGAAACCCGUGCCGCGGGCGCAGGACGGUACCAAUCGAUGUCGAAACGUGUCACCGGAGAAUAAACUAUUAAAUUCUAGAUUAGGUACAAACGAACGUUAAAGUAAUAUAAAUACCUAAUUAAAGUAAUGUUUUAUCGAACAUUAUGUAGAUAAAGAAAAAGAAAAUGAAGCACACUUAACGUUUGUCGAACUGUCCGUCGCGUACUUGUGAUUCUUUAGCUAAAUAAGAAUAAAUAUGAGAUUUUUAAGUAUUUAUAAGUAUUAAUUAGUUUUGUUUUAGAAAUUAAAUCACGUAAAACAGUCUGAUAGUAGUCUGUGAACAAUAAAAUACUUAGCGAAUGUACAACAACGUCAUCAUAAUAUUGACAGGUAUACCUGUGUGGACUACAGACUGGGUUUAUGCUCAAAGUUGCCAUAUUAGUCAUUGCGUAGAAUGUAUUGAUCGUAAGAUAUGAUAUUGACAGCGACGCAAUACACGCUUAAGAUUAGGAGUGAGUACAAAUCUUCGUCAGGUAUGUAUUAUCAGGGUAUUUAUUUUGCUAUAAGUUUGUAUAAUAAUAUCGUUUAGCUGUGCUCAUAAUUAUUAUCUACUGUUGUUAUAAACCAAUAUUAAACUAUAAAAUUAUGAAUGAUUUAAGUAUGGUGUAGGUAUGUAACCGGAUAGUGGUGUUGUGAGUCAUCGCAACAUCCCUGAGCAAUAAUUUAAGCAAUAUUUUCAUAAACUUCACCUUAAUCUUUGUGCUGUUUUAUGCUGUUUCUGUCCUAAGUUUUAAUGAUAUGCCUUUUAAAAAUAAACUAUGUGUAAGUUAGUAUAAGUAGGUACUUAUUAUUUAGCUUAAUUAUAUCUAGGUACGAGUACUCAUUAGUAAAAUAUUUUAAAUUGUGACAAAAAUGUAGUGAAGUGUAUUAAAUAAAUAAAUAAAUACUAAAGUUCA